CUUGAGAGCAGAACAUGUGACGGCCGCGAGAGUGAUGCUUAGUGACGGCCAAGUAAACACAGCGCUAAUAAGUGAGCAGAGAGCACCUCGCCGCGGUACAAGAACCCUCGACUCCGCCAUUGUGUACUCAGAGGGAAUUCCCUUGUGACAUUGCGAGAGUGAUAUUAUUCGUAGAAAAGUCUGAGAAGUUGUUUUAAUUUGCGCCAAGCAGGAAGGCGGUAGAAAAGCAAAUCAGUGUGCUUGCGGGCCAAAUCUCGACUGGGCCGGCAGGCGUUGGUGUCGAUUAGGUUGUAAAUUGGUAUAUCCUCUCCCGAUAUAUUUUAUUUUAUGCGUCCGCUGGCACCGCAUGUCCCUGGCCUUUGACGGAUGACGAUGAAGACAUCAGAGCCGGGCCGUCCUCCGUCUGUCGACUCCUUGGGCAGCCUGUCCAUCCCGUCUCCCGCAGCGCUCGUCACCCCCGCCCCAGCGACGCCCACCGCCCUCACCGCCGCCGCGCCCAUCAUGGCCCGAGACGCCGAUGCCCCCGCGGGCGUGAACACAGGCCCUUCCUCGUCGUCGUCGUCGUCGUCGUCCGCCUCCUCCUCCGCGCCGCCCGAGAGCUCGAGCGUCCUCCAGAGCAAAGGCAUCCUGCAGUUCAGCCCCGAGCAGAUCGACUGCGUGUGCGAGACCCUCCUUCAGGCGGGGGACAUGGAGCGCCUCGGGAGGUUCCUCUCCAUCCUCCCGCUGCACGCCGAGGUCUCCCGGCCGUCGGAGGUGAUCCUCAGAGCCAAGGCGUCCGUGGCCUUCCACAGAGGGACGUUCAAGGAAGUCUACAGCAUCCUGGAGACCAACAGCUUCACGUCCAAGUACCACACGGAGAUGCAGAACAUGUGGUACCGCGCGCACUACAAGGAGGCCGAGAAGAUCAGACAGCGCCCGCUCGGAGCCGUGGACAAGUACCGCAUCCGGAAGAAAUACCCGCUGCCCAAGACGAUCUGGGACGGCGAGGAGACCAUCUACUGCUUCAAGGAGAAGUCUCGAGUCGCCCUCAAGGAGUGCUACAAGCAGAACCGGUACCCGACGCCAGACGAGAAGCGGAGCCUGGCGAAGCAGACGGGCCUCACUCUGACGCAGGUGUCCAACUGGUUCAAGAAUCGCCGCCAGAGGGAUCGCAACCCCGCGCCCAGACCAGACCUCCUCCUGGGCCCCCACGGCGACGCCUCCGUCAUGUCGCACCACUUCGACCCGACGGCACACGACAUGCGGGCCAUGUACGUCGCCAAGAUGACCUACGACCCGACCAAGAUGGGCUACGACCCGACCAAGAUGGGCUACGACCCGAGCCUGGGGAGCGUGGCCCCUCGACACAACAUGAUGAAGCCCGACAUGCUCGCGCAGCACCUGAAGCCCGACGCGACCUCCCUGCUGCACCACUUCCCCAACAUGGCCGCCGCCGCCGCCGCCUCCUACUCCUACCCGGGAUACGACCCCUCGGCGCUGCAGGCGGUGACCACGGCGGUGCACCAGGAGAUGUGAGGCCACGGGGGCGCGCCGCGGAAGGGCGUGGCGGGGCAAAGGACUUGGUGAAACAGGCCGACUUGCCACCCGUGGGACGAGGCUUGCGGGAAACCAGUCGC